UGUAAUACCCAGUUUUCGUUCUUUCAGCGGAAACACCACUGCCGUAAAUGUGGCAUGAUUGUGUGCCAGCGACACAGUGCUAACCAACUUCCACUUUUCUCAUACGACUCUCCUUGUGUCGAAUGGAGCCGUGUGUGCGAUGCUUGUUUC